AUGGUCAAAUUAGAAGAGGUGCCUGAUGAGGAGCUCAACGCACCCCAGAUGGGGCCCAAGUCGGAUGAAGAUGAGUGGGAUACUGAUGAUGAAUCCGAAACCUCCUCCAUCGCCUCCCUCGAUUCCGACAACCUAGACGAAACCCUCUUCGACCGCCUCGCCGCACUCCAAGACAUCGUACCCCCCACCUACCGCAAAUCCAUCUCCAACGCCGCUUCCACAGGCUAUUCAUGGGCGGCGUCGGCGGCGGGCUUUUCGGGAACGGCGUUGUGGGUUGUGAGUACGAGUGCGCUUUUGCUGGGGGUGCCGUGGGCGUUGGCUUUUAGUGAGGAGCAGCAGGUGCAGGAGAUGGAGAGGGAGAUGCGGAUGCAGCAGAAUGCUCAGGGAAUGCUGACACAGGGUGCGACUGGCGAGGCCAAGCCUGCGCUAUAA